AAUAGGAGUCUGGAGCUGGGAACCCACGCUCAGACUCAGAGCUGAAGGUUGAACUCCACCUCCAGGCAGAAUGAGGCUCAGCACUGCAGCCCUGCUUCUUCUACUGGCCAGCUGCCUCUCUCCAGGUCACGGUAUUCUGGAGGCCCAUUACACCAACUUAAAAUGUAGGUGUACCAGACUGAUCUCAAACAUGGUCAACCUAAGCUUCGUAGAUCAGAUUCAAGUUAUACGCCCUGGGAAUGGCUGCCCAAACAUUGAAGUCGUGAUCUGGACCAAGAUGAAGAAAGCUCUAUGUGUGGAUCCUCGUGCCAUGUGGUUACAAAAAGUAUUAAAAUUUUUCAGAAGCAAAAAUCUCUCUUCAACUCCCCAAGCUCCAGUGAGUAAGAGAAGAGCUGCCUAAAGCCACUGUCACCUCAAAAGGCACCUGCACCCAUUUUAUCUCUGCUCUGAAUUUUAGUUAUGCCCUUAGUUGAAGAAUUUCCAAGAAAAUACCUUCCCUCUACAAACAAACAUGACUGUAGGUAAAACGAUCCUGCAGGAGCUGAGAGGGGACACUCAAGCUCCUUUGCAUACUCAACCCACAUUCUUGUUCCUUAAGGAAGGAUAUUUGGGAACAGGCAUUUAGUGACAACCCACUUCAGAUGCAUUUGGUAAUAGACCUGUUGUUUAAUGUUAAACCAUCCUAGGUUGUAGAGGAAUGAAAACGUACAUGCCGAAUCUGAACCUGUAGCUCAUAUUAACAAGAGGUUUACGAGAUGGACUUUAGUUAUUUUGCACCCUUGCAAAAAGCAGGCUUCCAUAAUAGUCUCCAGAAGGUUCCUGGGAAGCUGAUGCAAUACCAGCCUAAGGUGAUACAGAACAGGUCUCCUUUAGAGAAAAGCUGCAUGGGGGAAAUAGUCCUUCUACUUUGAAAGGUUGCUUGUAUAAGAUUUAUUGUCUUGGAUUAAAACCAGUAACAUCGAAAGACCCUUAGCUUAAAGCUCCAGGCUCUUCAGCAGUGUACAAAUAUAUUCCUUUGCACUGUGACCCUGAUGAUCUAUUUUUAUUGUUCAUAUCUUUCACACAGACAAAAUACCAGGCUCUUGUAUCAAAUUCUCUAAUGGUUCCUAUUCAUCUAGUGUCAUUCAAUAAACUUAAUCAAAUAUUUUGCU